CGCAAAACUGGCCCUUUUUAGUUACUUACCGAACAAAAGGCUAAGCGCACCCGAAAAGGAAUCAGUCGACUACUGUGGGGGUUGUUGACAAGGCGAGGUCCGCAUAGCGUCUUCUAGAGGCAGAGACGACCGCCCGAAGCCUCAGUCCGAAUGUGCCUAAUUCAUCGCCCGAUAUUUGUCUCAGGUGGCUUUCAACCGUCUAUAUGCCGGCAUUCACGCCGUACACGACAUCUAGGUGGUCAGGGCGAGUGCGGGAUUGGGGCAUACAGCAAGGAUCCGAAUGCCGCUAACGCGUCCCUUACGCGUCGUCAAGCGCCAUGAAAAGGAGAGAUAGCACUACUCUCCCUUGGGAUCACAUGGGUCCGUGUUGAACGAAGGUGGAUAAGCUUUUUCGAGGUUCGACAGUCUCUUUACCACAAGGUCUUGUUUUCCACCUCACAUUCACACUCCCUCCACACACACACUCGCUUUGUUACCAUGCAUUUUCUAUCUUUUUCCGUGUCUUUGGCCCUUUCGCUCUGCUGCGCAGGCGUUGCACGGGCUCAGGAUCCGUGUUCUUACUGCGAUGAUGUGCAUUUCUUCCUAGCCCGUGGCAACAACGAGCCGUAUCCUGGACGGCAGGCAGCGCUUGUUCAAGCGACCUGCGAUGGCAUCAAGAAUUGCGGAUAUGAGAACCUGUACUUUUCGGCCCUGUAUACGGAUCUGUACUGCCAGACGGCGUAUGACGGUGCUGUUGCCGGCCAUGUGCAGAUGACUGCCUACGCGGAACGGUGUCCGAACUCCAAGCUCAUCCUGGCUGGCUACUCGCAAGGCGGACAGAUCGCCAGCGAUAUCCUCGGCGGUGGUGGUGGGUACUCCUUCAAUGGAUGUUAUCAGCCGCAGACUCCACCACUGAACCGAUCGACCAGCCCUGGAAACAAGAUCGCUGCCGUUAUCAUCUUCGGCGACACCCGUCAUACCGCGAACCAGCCCUACAACUACGGCAACGGCUCAAACCUCCAAGGCUACUUCCCGCGUCCCGACUACCAAGUUCAGAACUUAUUAUCUUAUGCUCCCAUCAUGAGGAACUGGUGUGUCUCCACCGACCCUAUCUGUGCCGCAAACCAAACCUGGUUCAGCGAGACGAGCCAUCUGUCGUACUACAACACGGACUCGCAAGCAGCAGCAUCCUGGAUCCAGUCCGUCGCCUCGCUGAGCUUGAACGACCCGUCGUUUACCACUUCAAUCUUCACCAGCUACUCUGGCACAGUGCAGAACUACGCCACCGUGGGCACGGCGACACCGUCCGGUACCGUCACCACCGAUGCUACUUGGACCCAGAUGACCACUUACUCCGCGUGUACUGCUACCUCAUACAGCCGGAGCAGCUCUUCCAUCAACUCAACCUCUUUCUACUUGGCCACCAGCGCGGCGGCGAUCAACUCUGCGAACGCAACCGCCAGUCAGAGCAUCUUCCCGAUCACGUCGAGCACCGGCGUAGCAAAGAUUGCCGCUACGACGAGCGCAAGCAUCGCUACUGCGUCGGCAACUGCACAGUCUGCUGGUGUCACACUUUCAAUGGGAGCUCAAGGCAUUGUAAUGGCGUUCGUCGUCUUAGCAUUGGCGCUAUAUUAAGCAUACGCGUUGGGGGACACAAAAGGCAUCGACUUUCUGGGUUCAUGGGAGCAUUGCGCGGGAGCAUCUAGGCGCCAGAUAAUGACAAUAAUGUCGGAAUUGGUUGGGUCGGUGCCAUGGGUACAGACACUGUACAUACAUUUUACAUCUAGACACUCGCUCUGCUAUAGACAUUAAUGAUCGAUAACUUAAGCGAGCGCUUGCCGUAGGCAUGUUUUAUUUGACUUGGGAUGCUUGGGACCACAUCUGAACAUGUUGUUCGUCGCUGCUCGC